CCGUGCGCGGUUCCCGGAUCCUGGUGGCGCCGGGUGUCUCUUGUUUUCAGGGGGCGCCCGCUCUUGACCGCCUCGAUGGACUCGCAGCGGGAAGCAUUGCAAAGAAUUAUCACAACACUGGCAAACAAAGAUGAUGAAAUACAGAAUUUUAUUGAGACAUUGAACCAUACUUUAAAAAAUGUUCAGGUCAAUACCACCAAAGUGAUGAUUGACUUAGAAGAGGAGUUCGGUGCUCUUCAGGCUACUCUGGAUGAGAUGAAAGCUAGUAUGGUGAACAAAAUUAAACAGGAACAAGCAUACAAAAGCCAAGAACUCCAGAACCAGUUGACCAUAUGCAACAAUGCUUUGGAAAGUUCAGAGGAACUGCUAGAUUAUGCAAAUCGGACAUUAAGCACCAAUGACCCUGAAGCUUUUACGAAGGCUGCCAAGCAGAUCAAGGAUAGGGUAACAAUGGCUCCUGCAUUUCGGUUAUCUUUGAAACCAAAGAUCAGUGACAACAUGACCCAUUUAAUGGUUGAUUUCUUCCAUGAAAAGCAGAUGCUUAGAUCACUGAAAUUUUUACCAGUCCCACGAGCUCCUGAGAUUGAACUGGCAGAUUGUUUGGUUGCUGAUAAUUGUGCAACUGUUGUGUGGAGAAUGCCAGAAGAAGAUCAUAAAAUUGACCACUACAUACUAGAGUACAGAAAAACCAACUAUGAAGGACCGCCUAGAGUUAAAGAAGAACGGAACUGGGAUAUCAUUGAUAAUAUCAAGGACACUGAAUACACCUUAACAGGGCUGAAGUUUGAAUCAAAAUACAUGAAUUUUCGGGUCAGAGCAUGUAACAAGGCUGUGGCAGGAGAUUAUUCGGAGCCAAUAACCUUGGAAACAAGAGGUUUCAAUUUUACCUUUGAUGGCACAACUUCACACCAGAACUUAAAAGUUGAUGAUUUCACUGUUGAGUGGGAUUCUUCGGGUGGAAAAGGGCAGGAGAGUAGAAUAAAAGGGAAAGAAAACAAGGGCAGUGGCCAGAUUUCUUUGAAGAAGAACAAAAUGAGUGGCACACCGUCUCCAAAACGAACAUCUGUCUCUGGCCGACCAGCAUCGGCACGAAGUAACCGAGAUCGUUUUACUGGUGAAUCUUAUACAGUUUUAGGAGAUGCAUUGAUUGAAAAUGGACAGCAUUAUUGGGAAGUGAAGUCUCAAAAGGACUGUAAAUCCUAUAGUAUAGGCGUGUCCUACAGAAAUCUAGGAAAAUUUGAUCAACUAGGGAAGACUGUCACUUCAUGGUGUAUUCACAUUAACAACUGGCUACAGACAUCCUUUGCUGCUAAACACAACAAUAAAGCCAAAUUCAUGGAUGCACAGGUUCCAGACAAAAUAGGUGUAUACUGCGACUAUGAUGGAGGCCAUGUUUCCUUUUAUAACGCUGAUACAAAACAGUUAUUGCAUACUUUCAAGACUAAGUUUACUCAACCAGUAAUUCCGGCCUUUAUGGUCUGGUGUGGUGGUCUAAACUUGUACACAGGACUCCAAGUACCGAGUGCUAUAAAAUCCUUGCAGAAAGGAGACGGUGGAUUGGGUGGUUCUGAAAACAGUUUAACUGGGCUUGCACAAUAGUUUUUCUGUGAGACUAAUCUACUUAGUGAUGUGGUUUUAAUUCCUCAUUGAUUGGAAAUCUGUGCUGUGUAAGAAAUGGAUGCAUCAUUACAGCAGACCAUUAUCAUUCUGGUUUUCCUUUUACAUCCAGUUACGGCAAACAUUUUGUGUAAUAUACGAGCAAUGUUCUGUAUUGUAACUCAGGGUUGCAUCUGUAGUCAGCCAUCUGUUGUUACUGUCUUCAUGAACUUCCAAAAACAUUUGUGUCGUGUACAUGCACUACAUUUCAGGGUUUUAGUCAUUGUGGCAUCUGCACCCAUACUGUUGUUGCUUUAGCUGGAAGGAACAUGUAAAAUUUACAGAAGGAUUGAAGGUAAUUCCGUGGUUUAACCUACCGAACUGACUUCUUAUAGAUAAGUUGGAGGGUACAUCACACCUUGGUUAAGUUCAGAGACAGGGUGUUUAGCUGGGAAGUAAGCCUAUUGGAUUGGAAUGUUUGGUAAUAGAACUGAAGGCCUUGAUUGUACCAGUAUGCUGAUAACACCAAAACAUAAUCUUUAAACUUCCCUUUUGUAUGUACAUGAUGUGUAAAGCUGCCUUAUUAAAAGUAAUAUGAUGAGGUACAUACACAGGGAAUACAGAACUAUAGCUCAAUAAGCUAUUUAUUGGAAUAAUUGUUAGCGAGCACUUUCAUUAUUUAGAAUGAGAAUCUAUUAAACACUACUUUGCUCAGUAAAGGUGCUUUAUUGCAGUUAGCACAGUGUUUGCAACACUACAAUUAAAUUUCCAGGUAGAUAGAAUUCAGAAUUGGACAUGGCCACUAGAACAACUCUUGGAAUUCGUAAGUAUGUUUUACAGUCCAUCUUAAAUAGGACUGAUCAAUGCUAACAGUUUAAAAAUCCAAAUAUGUAUAUUACUUGUAUUAGAAUGUACUGAUGCUGUUGAUAAAGAUGGAAUGGUACAACUACUCAACCUGAUCUGGAAAAAAAAUCUGUAGCUCUUUACACUGUGCACAGAGAACGAACCUUUCCCUAACAGUGCCUAUGAAGUCUGUUUUCCUCCAAGGUUAUGUCAGCAAUAAGAGUAUACUGUUUUUUUUUUAAAAACGUCUUGACUGACAUAUCUUGGUCUAGUAAAUAAAUUUGAGAGCUUUUAA